ACACGCCGCCGAAACUCUGGACCAGGCGCGCUUUCCUCCCCGUCGUCCAUCUCCUUGGCCGGAGUCAGGCGCACACCAUGUCGGUCGCGGUCAGCAACAGGUUCCAAGGAGGGAAGGCGUUCGGCUUGCUCAAAGCUCGGCAGGAGAGGAGGCUGGCGGAGAUCAACCGGGAGUUCCUCUGUGACCAGAAGUACAGCGAUGAAGAGAACCUUCCGGAAAAGCUUGCAGCCUUCAAAGAGAAAUACAUGGAGUUUGACCUGAACAAUGAAGGCGAGAUUGAUCUGAUGUCUUUAAAGAGGAUGAUGGAGAAGCUGGGGGUUCCCAAGACCCACCUGGAGAUGAAGAAGAUGAUCUCGGAGGUGACAGGGGGCGUCAGUGACACCAUCUCCUAUCGAGACUUCGUGAAUAUGAUGCUGGGCAAGCGGUCGGCUGUCCUCAAAUUGGUCAUGAUGUUUGAAGGAAAAGCCAAUGAGAGCAGCCCAAAGCCAGCUGGCCCCCCUCCGGAGAGAGACAUUGCCAGCCUGCCCUGAGGACCCGCCUGGACCUUCUGGGCUGCCAUCCCCGCCCCCUCUGCUUUCUCAUUGUGAGAUGUCUUCUGUGUUUGCCCUAUGGACUCACUUCUUUUUCCUUUUCAUUUCUUUACGGAAGCACAUGUUACCUGCCUUAAUGAGACUGGGGAAUCCUGAGUCUCGGCCCCUCCUCUCUGCUCCCUGCUGCCCUGCCCC